UUUGCAGAGUUCUAUUUAAGGCUUUGUGCUAAGUAACAAGGUGACAAUUCCAGGUGAUCUUCCUGCAAGCAGAGGCUGCCUCACACAUUGCAUUGUCUGGAUUCACUUUUCGACCUGGGUGUCCAGGAGUGAGGAUUACCUGUGUAUGGGAGGAGACCUACUUAGGUGUGUGUGUGACAGUCUAGAAGAUAAUAAGAAGCUCCAUCAUUCUCUUACUUGCUGAUCUGGAGCGAUAAACAGUCCCAUCCUCUGCACCUCCGGAUGUCUUGGCGACAAUAGAGUGUCACUCCUUCUUGCGUGGUGGUCCUCAUCUCUGUGGUAUGCACCUUUAGGUUGUAUUUUUUUCUGGGGAUUAUUGCAACAAUUGAAAGAAGAAGUGGGUAGCAGAUUGUACCUGUUGGAUAACUCCCACCCAACCUACCUCUAUUUGAACUGAACAAUUUGUCUUUUUAAUACCAUUUGGAAGGAACAUAAAUCCGAUUAAGUUGGAAUGACAGCAGAAAGCCAACAAUCUCCAACUAGAGCCACAGUGGCUGGUGACAGCCUACAACAAGCCAGCAGUUUUACAAUGCCUGUUGUCAAAGUGGAAAAGGACCCAGCGCCUGAAACAUGCAUCUCCUCUAAUGGACAGUCAGAUGCCGAGGAGACCCCAAAAGGAAGAAGGAGGAAGAGACCUCUCCAGAGAGGGAAGCCUCCUUACAGCUACAUAGCACUCAUAGCUAUGGCUAUUGCUCACUCUUCUGAUAGGAAACUCACCUUAGGUGGCAUCUACAAAUUUAUUACCGAGAGAUUCCCGUUCUACCGGGACAACUCCAAAAAAUGGCAGAACUCCAUUAGGCAUAACUUGACCCUGAACGACUGCUUCAUCAAAAUCCCUAGAGAGCCAGGCAGGCCAGGCAAGGGCAAUUACUGGGCUCUGGACCCCAACGCUGAAGACAUGUUUGAUAGUGGAAGUUUUUUGAGGAGAAGGAAACGGUUCAAAAGAACUGACCUCACAACGUACCCAUCUUACAUACAUGACACCAGCAUGUUUCCAUCUCUGCAGGUGGCUAGACCGACCUAUCCCAAUGCCAUGUACUCCAAUAUGACAAUGAGUCCAAAUUAUAGCCAGCAGAUUACCCCACAUUCUUCAGUCUAUUAUCCAUCUUCCUCACCUGCUUUCAGCUCUGGCCAGUCCAGGGUGUUUAGCAUCAACACGCUCAUUGGGCAUCCUAGUGGAUCUGAACACAGCCAGCAGGCAAGCAGGUCCAUUAGCCCAGAAAUAAGUUCCACCACAGCCAGCUCCUGUACCUAUGGUGGUACCAGCUACAACAGCCAGUCUGGUGGUGGCACCAUGCCCCCAAGAUCAAGUAACCCUGUUGCAUACUCCUACCCAGUUCCCAGCAGCCACCUACAAAUGAACCAGAGCUCAUACGCCCAUGCCAAUACACAACUCUUUGGGACACCAGGCAGGCUGCCCAUGCCAAAUUCAUCUUCCAUGAGCAACGAUACCAUGGACUUUUAUGGUAGGAUGUCUCCAGGACAAUAUACUUCACUUACUACAUAUAACACCAACGGGCAGCUGAAUGGCUCGAAUGCCUAUCUGAGGCAUACCACCUACUCAGGCAACAUGGAGAGGUUUGUGUCUGCAGUUUGACGUUAAAUGUGUUUGAGAUCUACUCUUCAGAAAAUGCAAGUAUCAGUGGAUCUCAGUAUGGAGCCACACCAUUGUACAGAAUCCAAAACACCAGUGAUUAUCUGAUAAGCUGAACUAGGGCUCAAAUCACUGUACUGUUGUGUACCAAAGAUGAGGUUCAAAAUGUUGAGAUUUACAUAGGUUAAUAUUUUUCCCUAUCUUACAACACGGAAAGACAAUGUUUUGCGUUGGAUUGCAAUAUGGACUAAAAGCUGCAAUAUUUGACAGCUAUACAUGUUUUUGUCGUCCAUAUUAUGUUUCCCUAUGGGAUGGAAAAAGAAAACAAUAUUUGUACGGUGUAAUAAUAAUACAUUAUUAUAUGUACUUAAUUGAUCUAACACAGGUAGGGUAAUGAUUUUAUACUACUCGUAUUUGCGUUAUUUUGGCAUGAAAUGAUAUUAUUCAUUUGAAAAACAAAAAUACCUAACAAAAGCUCGAGAGCUUCAAAAGUCGAUAGCUUCAAUUUGACAUUUAUAGUAGCAAUAAUUGUAACCGAUUAGAAACAACGUGAAACCAAGAUAUUAUUCAACAAAAUUGCACUUAUUUUUUAGGGAAUGAGGGGACUGUAUUUUCUUAAUUUUUUUUACAAUGUUCUUUUCGAAAACGUAAUAAAAAUUAAUUGAUUAGUAAUCACAAAAGCCUAAUCGUGAUGUUUUAAAUAUGUUAAAUAUGUAAUAUACUAAUUGACAAAUAAAUAACGAAUAAAUAAUCUAAUUGAAAAUA